GGGGGGCGUGCGCGUGAGAUAUAGCCCGUGAUGAUUGUGUGUAGUUUAGACUGUUCAACGCCCCGAAAAACACACACCCGCUCCUCCUGCUCAAAGUUUGAAGAAGUUUGGAGGUUAACCGAGCAAAUUGGACUAUAUUUUUCCUCACAGAAGGGCUUCGUGAACCAGCCGUGCCUUUGUUAAAGCCUAAACGUAACGUGCCUCCGAGUUUGUGCUCUUUUUGUUGUUUUUUUUGUUGCUUUUCCACUGCUAGGAGCCAUGCUGAAGCUGUUCAUCGUGCUCUUUUUGUCCACCGCUGUUCUUUCCGAAUCGGUGAGGGAGACGGAGACGUGGAUGCCCAUGAAGACGACACAGAAGGCGUCCAUGUCCUCGCAUGAAGACAUGGAGGCGUCAGGAGACUCCCACAACGGAUCAGACUUUGGCUUUUCAGACGAUGAGGAUGAUGAUGACGUGUCUGACCCCUAUGACGAAGAGUUUUCUGGCUCCGGAGAUGGAGAACCAACAGAUCCACCUAAACCCGAGGGAAGACCAUCAGAGAAGCCAUUUGUGAACGACAACAAGAUCCCAGAUUUGGAGCGUCCGGUGCGACCCACUGUGGACGAGAAAGAAAUCAUCAAAAAGAGCAACGAAAUCCCAGGGCACAGAACCAAAACGGAGCCCGGCGAGGACCAUCCAUCCAACGUUCUCAUGUCCCACGCCACGGAAGACAGCAUCUUCAACAAAACAGAGGUUCUUGCAGCUUUGAUUGCGGGCGGUGCUGUGGGCCUCAUGUUCGCCGUUCUCCUCAUCCUCCUGCUCAUCUACCGCAUGAAGAAGAAGGACGAGGGCAGCUACGUGGUGGGGAAUAAACCCAUCUACAAGAAGGCCCCUACCACAGAGAUCUACGCAUAAACUCUGGCCGCCUCAAGAAAAAAAAACACACACCCUGACCCUUUAAAAAAAACCCAAUCAUGGCCAGUGUUGUGGCCGACAGUGCCUCAUCUUCAUCGUAACCAUACCUCUUCCUCCUCAUCCUUUCAGCUGACCGCACGCAGCCUGGUCAGCGACGCGGCGCUCGGUAACCAAUCGGGAGGAAAAGCCCCAUCGUCACAAUCAAUUGACUGACUCCUACCUUGGUGCUGUUUUGUCCAAUCAGAAGCCUUGACGGUCCUCGUGUCCCUCUGUUUCUGCUCGUGGAAAAGAAGCGGGGACUUUUUUCAACUGCCACUUCGUGCGGUACAAAGCGAUUUUGUUUUUUCUCCUGUAAUUUUUUUUUUCUCCCCAGUCGCAGAGGACUCAAAAAACCCUUUAAAUCGCUUUCUGUUCGUUUGGUUCCAGUUAAAACACUAAACACUGUGCAAUGUUUUGUCUCGGUAUGGUAGUCCUCACCAGUCCAGUUAUUUAUUUUACCGUUUUGUUCGUAUUGUAUCGACCCCGUUUCCUCCUCACGUCUUCCUCGAUCCGAUUCCUGGACUCUGAUUCAGUACUGCGACUUCAAACUUUGCUGUAGCAUGUGAAUUUAAGUUAAUUUUGUUUUUUGUCUUCUUUUUUUUUUUAACAACUCCUUGUAAAGCAGAGAGAUUUCAUAUUUUAGAUUUUGUAUUAAAGAUUUCUCAUGAUGGGAAAGAUCAGAUUGUUCGGUGAAUUUUAUUCUUCACAAACAAUCAGUAUUUCACUUUGUUAAUGGUACUUUUUUGUUUAUUGUAGUUUUUCCACGCAGUCUGUUGGAUAUUGUGGCCUAAAGUAAAAAUGACUCACUGAAUAUUUGUUUAAAGGUGUCAGAUUGUGAUUGGACCCUGAGCCGCUUAAGCCCAAGGGCCAUAAAUGUGAGACGGGAAUGAGAUGUACAGUAUGUAUGUAAAGUACUGUGUAAUACUAUAUAAAAUACUAUAAAAGGGCGACGUUACAGUUUAAGUAAAAGCGCUAGCCUAAACUAAUCCAUGUCACCUGGUAUGUGCAGUCGUCCUAUGUAACAAAAGUCCAUCCCCAGACGUGUAGGACCAGAUAAACCAGAUCAACUCAUAAUAAAAAGGGGAUUUGCCAACUCGCCCGUCACACUUCCUCUGCAGCGUGUUCUUCUGUACUUCCACAUCAAAAGCCUAACAUACAGUUUGUUUUACUUCUGUACUAAUUGCCGCCGUGGCUCCGGGGUUCUGUGAUUUACCAAAAACCGAAAUAGUCGACGGCCCGACACACCUACAUUCCACGUGAAGCGUAGUUCAGGCUAGUGUCGAACGCCUCUAACCGCAAUACAAGCUGAUCUUUGCUCUGUCGUACUCGCCUUACUCUUCAUAUAAAUGGUUAACUUAACACACAAAUCAAACCUCUAUGAUCGGACAAGCUGGUAGUGACCUUUAAGAAUAAGCUACAGUUUAAAGUUCUCCAUUUUUCAGGUGUAAGAGCGGUCUAUAAAGUCAGUUUGUUCACAUUAUGUAGUCAAAAGCUUGUAAAUAGUAACUAAAAAAAAGGUACUUAGCCACGUUCUUGGCAGCCAACGAUCUACCAAAUAUUUAAAGCCAAAUGUUUUUCUCCAUCAUCUGACUGUGCAGGAAGGUGUCCGAGUCUAACGCACCUCGUCUUUCAUUCAACUUGUCCCUUUUGUAUUAAUUUAACUGUCAAAUUAUUUUAUUGCAUUCUUUCAGGUUGGGGUACUGUCCCCUUAAGCUGAUGUACAUGUGAUUUAAAGUUUUAUAUAUACAUUAGUUUGGGAUUUCAGAAGACAAUAGUUUUGAAACUUUUUGUAAGAAUUUCUAUCUUUUAGACUUGUUUGCUUUUGUAUUUAUGUUUUUGUUUGUAGAAGAAUUGUGGUUGGCUGUCGUCCCGUCGGUCGGGGGGCGGGGGGGAUGAGCCGAUGAGCCGUGCUGCCUGAAUUGCGCUGGGGUUGAUCACCAUGAGAAACUUAGGCCAAAUAACGAAAGAAAUCUGAAUUAUGGAAACGUCUAAGUGCUAAACUGGUCUGUGUGCGCUCAAAGCUGUUAAUGCACAUGUAAAACGACACAAGGAUAAAGACGUACAGUCGCUGGCUUUUACCCGAGACCGUCGAUUAUGAAAGUUUUGGUGCCUCAGUGCGACGAUCUGACGGCCAGCGUUAGCAAAUGAAUCGGAUCCUUUGUGUCAGUGUGGGACCAGGCCUGCUAUCUGGAGUGGGCUAAGCUGACCCAGAAUAGAACAAGGUGGAAGCAUUUCAAAUGGUAAUCAGCCUCGGCUCUGCUCUCUUAGCAUGGGGGAGAUAUUACUGCUGCUUAAUGUCACAAACACCACAUGUGAAUCACCAGUGGAGUGGAGAAGCCAAUGAAUCAUUGGUUUCUGCACGCAUGUUUUGAUUUAUAAAUGGAAAUAAAGCUAUUUUUAUGCACACAAAUAUUUUAAA